GGCGCUCCGCGGGGCCGGGGGCGGGGUCGCCGCCGCUUCCUCCGCGGGGCUUGUGGGCGGUCGGGCUCGCCAUGGGGCAGUGCUUGCCGUGCAUGGGGGGCGCCGUCAAGGACGUGGUGGAGACGCCCGACCCGGAAAUAAAAAGAAGACAACUAGCAGAAGCCGCUGAAAAGAGGCAGAUGGAGGCUUCCUCUCGAGGUAUUAAGAAUCCUUACUCUGUAGAGCAGAAGAAAAAGAAACAGGAAGAAAUAGAAAGAAGACUUGCAGAUUCACGUCCUGGAGGAGAAGGAGGACUGAGAUGGCAGGUUGGAUAACACAUGACUUCUGAAGAAAAGAUGGUUGAUGUUUACUGCCAAUAACUUGUCCGUUUCUGCAGCCAAGUGGCACUUACUCAUCAUGCGGCUUUUGCUGUUUACAUCUGAAAACUCAGCAGUACUUUGCCAUUGUGGGACGAUGGACGUGGAAAUACUCACAAAGAAACUUAAGAACUAAUUCUGAACACUAUGGUUUUUGCCAAUUUUGUUUGUUUUCCAUGCAUGUUUUAUUACUUCUGUGUCAAGACUUCCUGUCAGCUGGAAGUGGCCACCUUAUGUGUAGUCAGUCAAUAUAUGUAUAGUAUUUGGUUAAUUGAUGUCUGUCUGUGUGGGACUGGCCUGAGCAAGCUCAGGUGCCCAUGUCUUGGUUUUGAUGCUUAUUUCAAACACUACAAUUAAACUUUUCUCCAAGUCCUCAUGUAGAAAGUUUUUCAUAUAUAUAUAUAUGUAUUUAAAUGUGCAGAUGAGAGCAUUUAUUUCUGUUUCCUAAUGACUCUUGGACUGCUUAGGAAUUUAGUGCCUUUUUCAAAAAAAAAAAAAGCAGAGUCAUGGUGGGUCCUUACAAAUGGAAUAAUUUUAUGACUAGUUAUAAGAAAAAAUAGAAACCUUUAUAAAUACUGUGUUCUUAGAUCAAGAAUGCUCUUUUAUUAUGUGUGUAAUGAUUAUUCUCAUUUUCUCAUGUGGAUUUCUUUUGAGUCUGUAAGUAUAAUGAGUACUGAAAGUUAAACAUGAAAUUAAAAACCCUGUUA